AUGACAACACUCCUGCCGCCAUAUUGUUUUGUGGCGGCCAAAACGCGAGCUUCUUCUUCUUGUUACGAUGCAUUUUUAGUUGUUUUUUUUACGUGAAAUUAAACAGACGUGGUCUCGUUGGCUCGUUUUAGAUUAAUCUUUCAAUCCCGUCCGGAAGAGCACCGAGCAGUGAGAUGAUUUGUGGCCGUGAAAUGUGACGAGCAGGCUAACGUAACAAGCUAGCUGCUUCGCGUUGAAAUGACGAUGAUUGACUUUUCUUCUUUCUUUUAAAGUUUCACGUCAAUGUUUCCCGCCACACAACAACGACACGGACUAGCGUCUUAUUUCCUGUGUGCUUUGUCGCCUUUCCCACAUAACCUGCAAUACCAGACGUGGAGGAGAUGUGACGUUUGUGCUGGCUGAAAAUGAGCGUCCUUCCUGCCUGGGGGCUGUCCAUCCCACUGCCUGCUGUCAUCUUCAUCGGCGUCUCCAUUUACAUGCUCGUCUUGGCGCUGGCACUCUGGAUACGAUUCUGCCUCAAGGAGAGAUAUUCGCUGGCGUGCGACUGUGGCUGUCCAAGCUGGUCCGUGUGGGAACAUUGCUUCAACGUGGCGCAGUCAUGUGACUGUCGCCUCCCCUCGCUGCGCUCCUGUCUGAGGGACAUGUGCGCCUCCCCCUCCUGUGGCAGGUGGGAUUGCGCGUGCACGUGUCAGCCUCCUGAGUGCGAGUCCUGCAACUGCCUUUGCUUCGAGAUCCGCGUCAAAUAGCAUCCAGCACACUGAAGCUAAAGUCAUGUAUUGUGGCCACUAGGAGGCGCCAAAGUCGACAGUGAAGCCUUCAGUGUUCCCAAUCUGACAAUGACGUCAUACGUCUGCAUGUGUUUACCUUUCCAUUUCAAUUCUUUGACGUUUUUAUUACAAAUGUGUAUUUUAUUUUUUUAAAGACGUCACCAUGAGACAAAUUUAAAGCUAAAUGUGGACAUUGAAGAGACCUGAGAAU